AUGAAGAGGAGAAUCCCCACAGUUCAUGGUUCAGAGACUCUGGCAGUUUUCAGUGGUCCAGAGGCCUCUCUGCUUCUCUCCCCCCACGUUCUGGAGGAGGAGAGCCGGGGUCAGGGGGUCUCCCCAGUCGCGCCGAGUGACGUCACUACAGUGCGACUACGUGAGCACGUUACCUACCCGAGCGGCAAGCUGGCGCGCAUGCGCAGUUCACCCGUGGGUUUUGUCAACAGUUUGUCAGGGGUACAGACUUCAAUUCGCUAUGAAACCACCCAGGUUCAACGGCGUGGUGGUUUCAGUAGCAAAAGGGGAGGCAGCCCGUGUUCUACAGGACGAAAUAGUGUCGCUGUUAAACAAACAGGCGAUCAGGGCUGUGCCGCGCGAGGAAGCUCAACAGGGUUUCUACUCCCGUUACUUCCGCAUUCCCAAGAAGGGGAGCGCGUCCCUUCGCCCCAUUUUGGACCUUCGUGUGUUAAACAGACACCUACGAAAGUACACAUUCAGGAUGUUGACACACAAAGUACUCUGUCAGUCAAUCCGUCCGUGCGAUUGGUUUGUUACAAUCGACCUCAAGGACGCAUAUUUUCACAUCGCCAUUUAUCCCGCACACAGGAAGUUUCUCAGGUUUGCUUUUCAGGGCAAAGCCUACGAGUAUCAAGCCAUUCCCUUCGAGCUAUCAUUAGCUCCCAGAGUGUUCAGCAAAUGUGUGGAAGCAGCACUCUCUCCGUUGAGGAGCAGGGGUAUCAGAAUAUUUUCGUACAUAGACGAUUAUCUGAUAUGCGCUCGAUCGCGGGAACAAGCGGUCAGGGAUUCCGCUACGGUGAUCAAUCAUAUCAGGGAUCUCGGGUUCAAUAUAAACUGGGCAAAGAGCCGAGUCGUGCCAGCUCAGUGCACAGAAUACCUGGGUCUCAGCAUAAACUCUCUUUCUUAUCGUGUCACGCUAUCAGAGGGGAGGUUAACAUCAUUAACACAGUGUCUUUCCCUCUUCAAGCUGGGGAAAGUCGUGUCAUUCAGAUUGUGCCUACGCCUGCUGGGCUUCAUGGCGUCAGUGAUUUCUGUCGUGCAUUUGGGGCUACUGAUGAUGAGGGAUUUUCAGCGUUGGGUCGCGGCUCUGCGCUUGUGUCCACAUCGUCAUCUCAACCGCAGGCUGAGAAUAACGUCAACGUGUGUGGCGGCUCUCCGACCGUGGGGAGACACCGCGGCUCUCGCGGAGGGGGUUCCGCUGGGUGCAGUGACGUCACGUGUAACCAUGACAACGGACGCGUCCCUGUCAGGAUGGGGAGCGGCGCUGUCGGGCAGAUCAGUGAAUGGAAAGGUCGCCAUGUCCUGGUAAAGACAGACAAUUCCACUGUGGUGGCCUACAUAAACCGCCAGGGUGAGGAGCGGAUCUCCUGUCCCGGGGCAAUCUCCUGUACGGAGAGUGGAAGCUUGGCGGAGAUUCGGCCGGGCAGCCGUAGAUCUAUUCGCCUCGCGAGGAAACACGCAAUGUCCGCUGUUUUUCUCCCUGUCGGACGUAAAUGCACCUCUGGGUGUGGACGCUCUAGCACACCCGUGGCCAGACGUGCUGCUUUAUGCGUUUCCCCCGCUCAGCCUGAUCUCCCCGACUCUAAUCAGAGUGAGGGAGCAGAGCCUGUCACUAAUCAUGAUAGCGCCUCGGUGGACAUCCAAACACUGGAUGGCGGAAAUAAUACAGCUGCUGACGGGCGAACCGUGGCCACUCCCCAUACGCAGGGAUCUUCUGUCCCAGGCGAACGGGGAGAUCUACCACCCGCACCCAGACCGCAUGGCACUCUGGGCUUGGCCCGUGAGAGGUGGAGUCUGAGUGCAGCAGGCCUGCCAGAGCAGGUCAUUGACACCAUCCAGAACGCAAGAGCUUCCUCCACUCGCUCUCUGUAUAGUGGCAAGUGGCGGGUCUUUGAGGAGUGGUGUGACUUGAAGCACAUCAUCCCUUUCCAGUGUUCAGUAGAGGACCUGCUGUGUUUCCUGCAGGAUUUGGUGGACAAAGGCAAGGCUUUUUCCACUGUUAAGGUGUAUUUAGCUGCCAUUUCUGCGUGCCACGUGGGCUUUGGGGAUAAGCCCGCCGGGCAACAUCCCUUAGUCUGUCGUUUUAUGAAAGGUGCAAGGCGCAAGCUCCCAGUUUCCAGACCCCUGGUUCCCCUGUGGGAGCUAUCCGUGGUCUCCCACCCAUUUGAGCCGUUGGAGGUGGCAGAGAUGAAGUUUGUUUCUCUGAAAACAGCUUUACUCUUGGCUUUGACUACAGCAAAGACAGUGAGCGACAUACAGGCUUUAUCCAUACGGCCUUCCUGUUUGCAGUUUUCACAAGGGCUCACCAAGGUUUGUUUCAGGCCCAACCCUGCUUUUGUGCCUAAGGUGGUGGAGUCAGGUUACAGGUGUCCCACAGUGGAGCUGUUGGCUUUUCACCCGCCUCCCUUCUCCUCAGCUGGGGAGAAGAAGCUUAACACAUUAUGCCCGGUCAGGGCGCUUCAUGUGUAUCUGAGCAGGACAGCUGGGUUCAGGAAAAGUGACCAGCUGUUUGUGUUCUGUGCCACUCCACAUAAGGGCAAGCCGUUGUCCCGCCAGAGGUUGUCCCACUGGAUUGUGGAGGCCAUAUCUCUGGCUUAUGGCUGUAGUGGUUUGCAGCCCCCCCAGGGUUUGAGGGCUCAUUCCACCAGGGGCAUGGCCACAUCCUGGGCCCUGUUCAGGGGAGUGUCAGUGCAGGACAUUUGUGCGGCGGCAAGCUGGGCUACGCCCCACACUUUUGUAAGGUUCUACAGGCUGGAUGUCUCAGGGCCGUCUGUAGCGCAGGCGGUGCUAGAGGCAAACAGACCAGGAUCUGUCGUUACCGGGCUUUGA